CCCCUUACUCAGCCUGCACACUUCAGUGUCACAUUAGCUAUCGUUGCCCUAGUUCUAGUGUUGCCUCAUUCACUUAUUUGGCCCAAGAUGCAGACCCCUACUGAGUACUCUGCCCCCGGCCCUAGUGGUAAGGGGGACGCCAGCAGGUCCUUGGUGUCUGCAACCCCCACCCUGCAAGGGGACGUGGUGACCCCCCUGGAGCAUUUGGACUCAGAGGAGUUCCACUCGCUCCUGGACGCCACCAUGUCCAAAUCAGUUACCCAGGCUAUCUAUACCGCAAUGGGGGUUAUGUCUGACAACAUAUCCCACUCUAUUUCAACUGCUAUUAAGGCAGCCAACCCUAAGGGACCCCUUGGCAGGGUUACAGAAGAGGGCCCUGUACACAAAGAGGGCCAUAAGGCUGUGAGGAAAACUCACUACAUGGGAAAGCAUACCUCCAAAACUGAAAUGACGGACAGGGUACGUCCUGUCACACCUGAGGUCGUGGGGCCCCCACGAAAACGAGCCACCCGUCGGGCAAAAGCG